CCGCGGUUCCGGGGUGUCAAGUAUCAGCACCCGCUUCCUGAGGCUGACAUUUCUCCCCAGACCCCGAGGAUGCGGGUCGUGAUGCCCCCAACUUUGCUCCUGCAGCUGUCGGGGGCCCUGGCCGUGACACAGACCUGGGCGGGCUCCCACUCCCUGAGGUAUUUCCACACCGCGAUGUCCCGGCCCUGCCUCGGGGAGCCCCGCUUCAUCUCCGUGGGCUACGUGGACGACACGCAGUUUGUGCGGUUCGACACCGACGCCCUGAAUCCGAGGUCUGAGCCGCGGGCGCCGUGGAUGGAGCAGGUGGGGUCCGAGUAUUGGGACCAGGAGACGCGGAACGCGAAGGACAACGCACAGAAAUUUCGAGUCAGCCUGCAGAACAUGCGCGGCUACUACAACCAGAGCGAUUCCGGAUCACACAACAUCCAGUGGAUGUAUGGCUGUGAUAUCGGACCGAACAGCCGCCUCCUCCGCGGCAGUCAGGUGUCCUAUGACGGCGCGGAUUACAUCGCCCUGAACGAGGACCUGGGCUCCUGGACCGCGGCGGACACCGCGGCGCAGAUCACCCGCCACACGUGGGAGGUGGCCUGUGCUGCAGAGCACUACAGGAACUACCUGGAGGGCGUGUGCGUGGAGUCGCUCACCAAAUACCUGGAGAUGGGGAAGGAGAGGCUGCUGCGCGCAGAAUCUCCCAAAACACGGGUGACCCACCACCCCAUCUCUGACCGUGAGGUGGCCCUGAGGUGCUGGGCUCUGGGCUUCUACCCUGUGGAGAUCACCCUGACCUGGCAGCGUGAUGGGCAGGACCACACCCAGGACACAGAGCUUGUGGAGACGAGACCUGGGGGAGAUGGGACCUUCCAGAAGUGGGCAGCUGUGGUGGUGCCUUCUGGAGAGGAGCAGAGAUACACGUGCCAUGUGCAGCACGAGGGGCUGCCCGAGCCCAUCACCCUGAGAUGGGAGCCAUCCUCUCUGCCCUCCAUCACCAUCUGGGCAUCAUGGCUGGUGUGGUUGUCCUUGUGGUCACUGUGGUGGUUGGAGCUGUGAUCUGGAGGAAGAAGUUUUCAGGAGGAAAAGGACCAAGCUACUCUCAUGCUGCACGCGAUGACAGUACUCAGGGCUCUGAUUCAUCUCUAAUGGCUC